AUGUUGGAGGAUAAUGAUGAAGAGAGGUUAGAGAGGUCAGAUUUUUCAGGUGAUGAUGAAUCUGAGGAUGAUGACUACCAGCCAGAAAAUGAUGAUGAGGGAGACAUUGAUGAACAGUGGAGUGAAAACAGCUCUGGAGAUAGUGAUAUGGAGGUUGCAUUUGAUGACAGCGAUGAUGAUUGGAAUGGUGAUGGGGGUUUGUAUGAUGUUGAAGUCACAACUACGAAAGAUUCCCAAAAGAUAAAACAGAGUGUUCCAACUGAGAGAGUACAAGGAGAAUUUAGUGGCAGUGUUAAUAAGUACCCGUUGUAUAAGAGUUUGAAGAAUAUGAAGGAUUAUAAAUGGGAGGUUGGGACAAUAUACGUAGAUAGGAAUGCUUUUAAGGAAUGUGUAACUAGCUAUGCUGUGCACAGUGGCAGAGGAAUAUGGUUCUCAAAGUGUGAUAGCCAUAGGUGCAAAGUUGUUUGCAAAGAAGGUUGUAAGUGUAAGGCAACCAAGAUUGGUAUCAUGAGUUCUCAGUGGCUGAGUAAGGCUUUUAUGAAGAAGAUUUGUGAGAACCCCAAAAUUAAGUUGAGAACUUUGAUAAAGAAGGCUCAUAGCAAGUGGAAUGUUGAUCUCACAAAGACCAAAGCUGUCAGAGUGAAGCAGCAAGCCUUGGAUGAGAUUAAUGGUACUUAUGGAGAGCAAUAUAGGAGGAUUCAUGACUAUGCUGUCAAGUUACUGAGGUCAAAUCCGGGUUCCACUGUUCAGAUACAAGUGGAGAGACCUCCUGAAUUUCAAUUAGAGACACCAAUUCCUGCCAUUGGAUGGGACCCCAAUGAUCAGAUUUUGCCAAUUGCCUAUGCUGUUGUUGAAGCAGAGACAAAAGACUCGUGGAGAUGGUUUUUGUUGAAUCUGUGUGACGAUUUGGGAGUUGAUAAGAUCAGAUGGUGUACAUUCAUGAGCGACCAACAAAAGGGAUUGAUCCCUACCUUCGAUGAGUUGCUGCCUGGCAUAGACCACAGGUUUUGUGUCAAGCACUUAUAUAGCAAUUUCAGAAAAAGGUUCCCAUGUGUUCAGCUAAAGAUGAUGAUGUGGAAGGCUGCAAAGGCAACAUAUGUCCAGGAGUGA